GUCAGACUAGGCUAAACUAGACCCUAAUCACUAACACAAGCUGUGCGUUCACGCACAGAGCCCCGCUAUAAAAGCCAGAAUCCUCCAUCCGGGCUGGUGGAGUCAUGACGGAGAGCGGCGGGGCUCUGGAACGUCUGAGGAGGUGUUGCUUUCCCUGUACACCACACUCUCGGUUCUGGCCUCCAUCGUGCUGCACUCGAGACAAAGCCAUGACUGCCUUUAAGGGCAUCUGGACUAAGGAGUUCUGGCGCUGUGUGGGGGCCGAGUUCUUUGCCAUGCUGCUCUUCGUCCUGCUUGGGCUCGGCUCAACUGUCAGCUGGGGCUCUGUUAAGGAGAAUCCCCACCCCCCUGACCUUGUGCUCAUCUCUCUCUGCUUUGGCCUGACUAUUGCCACCAUGGUGCAGUGUUUCGGCCAUAUUAGCGGUGCUCAUAUCAACCCAGCAGUCACAGCAGCUAUGGUUGUGACCAGAAAGCUGAGCCUGGCUAAAGCAGUCUUUUACCUUCUGGCCCAGUGUGUAGGAGCCAUAGUUGGGGCUGCUAUACUCUAUGGCAUCACCCCAGCCUCUGUCAGGGGUGGCAUGGGAGUCACUGAGGUGAAUAAAAGUCUUUCUGUGGGCACUGCCCUGGUUGUAGAACUCUUCAUCACCUUUCAGCUGAUCUUCACCAUCUUUGCCACCUGUGACCACAAACGCAGUGAUCUCAACGGUUCAUCUUCUUUGGCUAUUGGCCUGUCCGUUUGUGUUGGUCACCUGUUUGCUAUUCCCUACACUGGAGCCAGCAUGAACCCUGCUCGAUCCUUCGGCCCGGCCGUGGUCACAUGGUCCUGGGAGAAUCACUGGGUGUACUGGGUGGGUCCAUCGAUGGGUGGGACUCUGGCUGCAGCCCUGUAUGAAUACUUGUUCUGCCCAGACCCAGAGUUGAAGAAACGUUUCUCUGAGACUUUCGUCAAGGCACCCUUCACUGCUACUAAACAACGGCAGGACUCAGGCACAGCCCAGGAGCCUCUCUUCACUGUCAUGGAUGUUGAAAGAGCUGAGAGGAGGGAAAGGGAGGUAUCUGAGGAGGUGUUGUCCUCUGUUUGACUAGAAAGGAAAGGAAGCACCGGUGCCCAGGCUGCUGCACAGCAGUCUGCUCUGAAGGAGACUAUCCUCCUGUAGACAGGCACAUUAAAAUGGUAACAGUUAUAGAAGGAAGACCGAACAUUUCAAGACGGGGGCCUUCUUCUUUGGCAACCAAAAAGAUCACAUUUGCAAAGUUUAAGCAAAGGGCUGCAAGGUUUUCAUAAAAAAUGAAGUAGAUAAAUAAAAAGAAACUGCUGAAAAGUGUGUGCUUGUGCUCAUGUAAUAUGUAUUUAGAGUUUCUUUUCAGGGGAAGUGUCACAUCUGAGGAAC